AUGCUAGAGCUUGCAGAUGCCGUUCCAGUACAAACACAACCAGUUCCGCAGGCCCCACCAGAGGUGCAGGUUCAACCUCCUCCAAUAGUCGAAACGACUCAUUUCAACCCAUCCUGGGGGUACGAUCUAAAUCUGCUCUCUCAUGCUGCUAGUCAUGUGGCUCUUGAGGGCCAGCAAGAAAGCCUCGAGUCGAUGCGUAAGCCUUCACAGAGCGUAGGCCCUCCCCAGCCGUUGUCUCAGGUUCCGGAGAGAGCAAUCACAGACAACUAUGGUGUUGAGCCUUCUUUCCUGGAUCUCACAGACCUAGGCGACCCCGUCCAAGACUUUACCGUCUUCUUGGAAAGCGUUGGCCUUUCCUCGGAUUGGGACUCUGGCGUAUUCUCGUCGGUGGAAGAGCCUAUGUUGACGGCAAAUAUACCAAUUGACUCAAAGCCACCUAUUCGCGAAAGUGCAAGACUUGGGGCAGAUAUGAUGGGCGACCCGCGUGGCCCAGUUGAUGAGCCACCGUCCUUUUCUAAUUUUGGAUCUCGGCUACCGUCUCUACAGCCAGAGCCGCAAGACGUUGACGAUCGUCUUGUAUUUGGUGAUGAAGGUCCGCGUCCAGCUUGGGAUAUUUCGAAUACAGAUCGCCAAGUCUUUCUUUCAAAACUUGAGGAAUUUGCUUAUAUUCUCCCCAAGGGCUUCAUUCCACCAUCGAGACAUGCUCUGUCACGCUUCUUUGCUGGCUACAUAAACGGACUAAAUGAGCACCUCCCAUUCCUCCAUGUGCCGACACUCUCGGUCGCAAAAUGCUCCCCUGAGCUCACUCUCGCAUUAGCAGCCGCAGGAUCUCAUUACCGGUUUGAAAACAAUCGAGGGAUCGAGCUUUUCCAUGCCUCGAAAGCCAUUCUUCUGCAACGCCUCCAGAGAAGAGACAGCAAGCAAGUACAAUGCCCUUCGUGGAAUUUUGUCUCUCCACCAUCCGGUUUUCACGACUCGAGGGGCUCCUCUACCGCUUCAAAUAAUGCCAAUAGCCCGUUUCAGCAACACCACAUCCCACAUCCGAUCGACUCGCCCUCGGGCUACGCACCCCAAGAUUCGGACGCUCACAUGGAAGUAAUCAGGACCUUCUUGCUGCUCACAGUGUUUGCUUCUUGGGAAAGACAUCCUGAACUAUUGCGGGAAAUUCUUUCUCUUCAGAGCACACUGGCUCGACUUAUCAGAGAGCAUGGACUUACUGAGCCACCCCCUAGUGCUGAUCCCAACAACUGGGAAGACUGGGUACGAAGAGAAGGCAACAGGCGCACAAAGUUCAUCGUAUACUGCUUCUUUAACUUACACUCUAUCAUGUACAACAUUCCCCCGUUGAUCCUGAACGCAGAGUUGAAACUAAACAUGCCAUGCUCACACGACGUUUGGAAAGCCAACAAUGCAAGCCAGUGGCGGCGGGCCAUGCGUUCGCGACAUGGGCCGGAAGUUUCAUUCCAAGAAGCCUUCGCUAAGCUAUUCGUCAAGUCCAAUUUAUCAAAUUCAUCGACACCCAUAUCACCGCUUGGGAAUUAUAUUCUCAUACAUGCCCUUAUCCAACAAAUUUUCUUUGCCCGCCAGCUUUGUCUAUCUGCACCAAUGAUGCAAGGCACUAGCCUGAGGCAGGAAGACUUGCCCACCUUGGACAAUUCUUUAAGUGCUUGGAAAGCAUUGUGGAAGCGCACUCCAGAAUCGAGCAUUGACCCUCAAAACCCGGCAGGCCCAAUAGCAUUCACGUCGACUGCCCUUCUUGGGCUCGCCUAUAUCAGGUUACACGUUGAUUUAGGUCCCUGCCGCCGCCUCAUUACCCAAGACCCGAUUCAGAUCGCCAGGGCUUUAGGUGAAUCUCCGCCUGUAGCACGGAGCCCGCGCCUCAUCAUGGCUUUACUGCAUUCUGCGCACGCACUUUCCAUCCCGGUUCGCCUCGGGAUAGACUUCGUAGCGCGGACCCAUUCAUUUUUCUGGAGUAUUCAGCACUCCCUUUGUAGCCUGGAAUGUGCAUUUCUUCUAAGUCGUUGGUUACUUUCCAUACCGGUGACGCAGGCUGAACAAAGACUGUCGGAGCAUGAACGGAAGUUGCUCUUGUGGAUUAAGAGUAUGAUGGAUGAGACUGACAUGGCCGUUGAUCCUCCAGGCGCACCUGAUGUGGAAUUUCUGGCUAAUCCCUACAAGGCAAAGCAACUCAGCAUUGCCAUUGUACGAGUAUGGGCGAGGACCUUCAAAGGGAAUACAAGCUGGGCGAUAGUGGACCUGGUCGGGUCGAGCUUAGAAGCUUAUGCAGAUCUUCUGGAAACGCAGCUCUGA